AUGGCUGUAAAAGGCAUAUUUUCAUACUGGUGGUUUCCAGUUAUUUCAGGCCUCGUCUGGCUCGGAAUGCUUCUCGGUCUGCUCCUCGAAUGGCAAGUCAAUCAACACGGCCGUCGAUAUCCCACUCAAUCGAUUCACUCCGACAUCGCCUACAUCUCCAAUGUCGGCGCCGACCGUCUCCAGCCUCUCUUCAUCGUCGGCUGCGUCCUGACCUCUAUCUUUCUCGAUGCUGCGUUCUUGUCUGAGCGAUGGCUGCGACAUCGGGGCCGUCUCGUGCCCAACACGACCCUCAUGGAGAAGGUCCUCAGCGGCCUCUCCAUAGCCUUUGCGACCGUUGGAACCGUGGGACUUAUCUGUCUUUCUAUCUUCAAGACUGGCAAGUAUAGCAGACUGCACAACACGUUUUUGGCGCUCUUUAUUGGAGGCUAUCUGUUCUCGGCUGUCUGCAUCUGCUGGGAGUACCAACGCCUUGGAAUCAACUACCGCGAGCAUCGUGUCCUUCGCAUGUCUUUCUGGGUGAAGCUCACCUUCAUCCUGCUAGAGGUCGCCCUCAUCAUCGCCUUUGGCGUAUGCAGCCUUGUCAAAAAGCGAAACCCCGCCGCGAUCCUCGAAUGGGCCAUAUCCUUCAUCUUCACAUUCUACGCCCUCUCCUUCGUCAUCGACCUCUAUCCUGCCGUUCGCACAAAGAGCCCUGACGCGAGGUACCAAAAGUCCAACUACAUGCCUUCUGCCCUCUCUGAUUCGAGGAGCCCCAGUCACGGGUCGCGCAGUAACUCGGAGGCACCCGCAAACGGUCACCACGAUGUCGAGAUGGCGCAGAACAGUAACCGUGUGCCUCCUAGAGACUUCUAG